AGCAGCAGUAGCAGCAAGCACGGAAUCAUCAUGGCUCACAUUAUCCCCGCGCAGGUUCAGGUUCCGUCACCGUCGGCGCCUGAGGUUUCCCCGCUUCACUUAUCGCUCUCCAACCUCAUUCGCACUGGCUCUAGACGCCGUUCAACCCUCACCGUCCAAGAACAAUUUCCUAAACAAAGUCGUCGCAAUUCGCUUCUAAAAAAGCUGGCGGGCCCACGUGAGAACGCGAAGCGUUUCCUUCGCCUACGGUCAUCCGGAGUUCCGGCAGUCCAAUCGCCAACUCCCCCGCAAUUCUUUCCCCCACGCCGUCGCACUACUCGCCCCGUCUCCGAGAUCAUCGUAUCACCACGAGUCGAACGCAAUCCAUCUCUAGAUACAGACGAAAUAUCACCCGAUCCGAUGAUGGCGGAAGUUUUACCCCGGGCUGUGGCCGAACAGACAAUGGCCGUCCCGGAACUAUCGACCCCAUUUCCUCCGCUGCGCAAUGAGAAGAUUGUCGCUACGGGUAGUGGUCUGACAGUAGGCAUCGCUCUCACGGAGCCAGUACUCUAUCUUCAGGGAUAUGACCAGCAGGAUCCCACUUCUAAAAAGUCGGCUAUUCUAAGAGGUCAAAUACAUCUGAAGGUGACCAAAUGUGUGAAAAUUAAGAAGAUUUCCAUCUGCUUUAGAGGCCAUGCCCAGACAGAUUGGCCCGAUGGAAUUCCACCCAAGAAAAUUCAUUUCCACGAUAAAAAGGACAUGUUCACGCAUGGCGUUGUAUAUUUCAAUAACGGAGAUCCAGCACUUAUGCAAAACGAGUAUGGAGCACACUACUACCAGCAUGCGAAACCGGUAUCACCUGUGCCUGGAAAAGAUGGAGUGUCAGCAACAAGCCGAGAAUUAUUUUCCAAAAGUACCUCUACAACCUCCAUCGCCCCCACCAUGCCCGGUAGGGAUCCCAAGCGUCUCUCCAUCCAGACCAACCGCGGCCAUUCGCGCAGCUUCAGCCGGAAUGAGCCCCCGCCAAGCUCCCAAAAUCAACAGCAACGGAACUACCGGAUGUUCCCUGUUGGCGACUACCUGUACAGCUUCGAAUUCCCCAUCGAUGGCUCAUUACCAGAAACUAUUAAAACCGACCUUGGUUUUGUAAGGUACGACCUUGAGGCUAUUGUAGAGCGAUCGGGCGCCUUCCGCCCAAAUCUACUUGGUACAAUGGAGAUCCCCGUGAUUCGCACUCCUGCGGAAGGUUCUUUGGAACAAGUUGAGCCUAUUGCAAUUUCACGAAAUUGGGAGGAUCAGCUCCAUUAUGAUAUUGUUAUUUCGGGCAAAUCAUUUCCUCUGGGUUCCCAGAUUCCCAUUGCAUUCAAACUUACCCCGCUUGCAAAGGUGGAAUGUCACCGUAUCAAAGUAUAUGUCACAGAAAAUAUUCAACAUUGGACAGCAGACAAGAGUGUACAUCGCUUGCAACCUGCAAAGAAGGUACUUCUAUUUGAGAAACGUGCCGAAUCUGCCAGCACAAGUACCUAUCCUGGCAGUUCUAUGCGCAUCACCGCGGGCGGUGGUAUCGGUUGGGACCACCGCGCUGCAGCUGCGCGAGGAGAGGAGGUCGUGGAACGGGGCCGCACGAAUUUAUUAGGAGAAUUGGUUAAUGAUAGCGGUGUCGGUCCCACUGAGAUGGAGUUCAGUGUACAGCUGCCCAGUUGCCAUGAGAUGAAGGGGCGUGACGAAGCACAGCGUUUACAUUUUGACACUACAUAUGAGAACAUCCAGAUCAAUCACUGGAUCAAGAUCGUGCUCCGACUUUCGAAGAUUGAUGAGCGAGACCCAUCCAAACGCAGGCACUUUGAAAUCUCCAUCGACUCCCCAUUCAACAUUCUCUCCUGCAAAGCAACUCAAGCCAACAUCUACCUUCCGGCCUAUUCUCGACCAACCAAUGAACCAGAACCCCAAUCUCAAGAAUUUGAAUGUGGCUGCCCCGGUGCACCCCCAGCAGCAAGAGAGCACUCCCUCGCACAAUCCAGCUCAGAUCGUGACGACUCUACCUCAAAUAUCCCGCGGCGAAACUCCAUCACCCAAGCCGUCACUCGAAGCUUCACAAAUGGAUCCGGUGGCCUCGCACGCCCCGCGCCAGCUCACAUCGCCCACGAGCCCAGCGAACGAGAGACACCCCGCCCCAUGCAUCUUCUCCGCGCACCCUCCUUCGCUCCUCCAGCCUUCGAAGAUCUUCCUCCUCCGCCUCCUCUUAUUACCCCACCCCCGGAGUACACCAGUAUCGUCGGUAAUGGGGAUCGAGAAGCAGUGUUGGAAGAUUACUUCUCUCGACUAUCUUUCUACGAGGAGCAAGAUGAUGAUGAUCGGGGCUUAGGGCGUGUUGAUGUCCCCCUCACCCCGGGUGGUCGCGUCAACCGCAGUAUGGAUGUACCGCGAGAAUGGGUUCGAUUGGAAGAUUUUACCGCUUCAUAG